AUAUAAGAUAUUCAGCGCAAGCCAAAUGUUUGCAAAAUAUAAUUAUUAUUUGGGUCACGUUGAAAAUCUACAUAAUUUUGUUGAUGGCAUUUGCGUCGGGCCAAUAUUUCGCAUAGCAGAAAAAAAACAAAGUAAAUGUCUGUCAGAGAACCUUUGUAGUGCAAUUCAAAGAAGGUUUUUAUCCGAAAUCUAUCAAAUUCUUAAAUGUGCUACCGAAAUCUGCGUUGCAGUAUUGUAGACUACUAUCUGUCGCUGUUUUUAUCUUUGGAGUAGAAGAUAUUUGGAAUUUUGACGGUCGCGGGAGAAGUUGUGGAUAUGCAAUCAGAUUGUGCGUUUGGCGUGUUUUUUGUGGAUGUGUUGCAAAACUCGAAUGAUUAUGUUUUCGUUUGUAACUUGGCUACAACAGCUGGAAAGGCGUUAUUGAGCAUGUGAAUGUUAACCUGCAAGAUUUCAGAUUCGAAGAAGUUGUUUGAUGUGGGGAUACAAUUUAUUGUUUCUCUUUUGGCUCUGAAACAUUUAGGCAAGUUUUGUAUCACACGAAGCUGCUGCCCAGUUCGCAGAGAAAAGAAAUCUUAUGAAACUGAUUCGAAACAAAUAAAUGAUCAUGGCAAGUUCAAGGCAACAGUUUGACAGUCUGCUUGGUGGACAAUCUCACCUUCCAUCAGGAGUAAACAUAUUGCACAUAAUUUCUGCAAGAGCUCAAGAAAUAGAAGCAUUAACAGAAGCCAUAGAUGAUCCUCAGAGAAGUGGCCUGGUAAUUCAGCGACUCCCUAAGCACAUGAGGAGGAGGAUAAUGAGCCACAAUGUUAAACGCAUGCCAAGGAGGCUUCGAGAAGCACAUUUGCGACAGAUGGAAAAGAGUGGCUUGCCAUUGAAAUCUAAGAGACCAAGUCGAAAAUAUAGACGGAGACCUAGUAAUCUGUUGCAAGAAUACAAUAGACGUCAACGAAAAUUUAUAUGGCUGGAAACUCAUAUUUGGCAUGCAAAGAGAUUCCACAUGAUUCAGAAAUGGGGCUAUAAAUUGCCCAAUUUUCCAAACGAUAAAAGUUUUCGAGCAUGCUACCGUGCUUCAGCUAAUCACUGCCUACUGCAGGACGUUUCAUAUUAUUGUUGCAUCGAAUUAUGUGGCCCUUUGGAUGAAAUAAUUGAUGGUCUGAAGCAACACACAGACAAAGCAUGUGGUCUGACAUUUUCGGCUAAAGUUUAUAUUAGUGGGAGCAGAGAAGGCAAUAUCACAGUAUUCAGAAAAAAGUCUUAUCCAUAUGGUGCUAUAGGUAACAUUAGUUUUCUUUGGAGACCUUCAAAGAUAGUAAGUUCUGAAGGCAAGGAUGCGACAAGUGAAGAACUUGAUGAAAGAACACUCUGGUUGUGGAUCCAUCCAGCAUUUUAUGAAGAAUUUUGUGAUGAACUGAUAGAUACAUUUAAUUUUGUUGAAAGUAAUAUGGACAUAACUGAAACAAUUCCAUCUGCUUUUGGUGGAAAUGCUGUGCAUAGUGAAACAUCUGCUGGCAGCAUCAAGCACAAACGUAAGGGAUCAGAAAAAAAGGUGGAAAUAGAAAAGAUAGGUUCAAAGGUUGCACUUUAUAAUAGAGCACGUAAAUUUGAAAGCAGUAGUGGACAUGUUAAAAUGACUUUUCUUAAGGAUACAUUGAACAGAUUUAGUUUGACAGGGCCAUUGUCUCAUUCCAUUCUUCAAGAUGCAUUACACGUUGUUAGCAUGACCACAACCAGUUAUACCAGAGUCCCUUUUGUUACGGAAAAUCUAGUGGCUGGAAUUAGUACUAGUAAUGUGAACACGGGGCCAAUGUCAGUUGAGUCUUUUGAAGAUCAGUCUGAUAUGACCAAGUGCGUUAUCAGUUACGAUGACAAUAUGGAGGUGGAUGAACGUGCAAAGGACAGUAGGGAGUGUGAACAAAGUGCAAUUUACGACUGUGAAUGGUGGCAUGAUAUUUGCAGUGAUACGUACAGUUUAGAAUGUGUGAAGAUACAAAAGCAGCUCUGGGAAACUUUGAAAGGAGCAGCAUCACCUGCACAGCUUCCUCCUCAUUCAGUGCUGGCAUUGAUCGUGACAGACCCACGGCGAUAUUUGCCUGCUAAACGGAUGAAAUGUAAUCCAGAUAGUGAUGUCUUGUGGUCACAGGAGUUUCCCGGAUCAGGGUUACAAUCCCUGCCUCCACAGUCUGUUGUCAGCCCAUUGUGGACAGCAGCAGUGAGAGAUGCUGUCACAACAUCAAAACCAUCAGCAACUGACAUAGCUCACAACAGGUCAUAUAACGUCAUCCCACUCCAGGCAGCUGACGAGCAUGAUACUGGAGACACCAGUGCUAGUUUGUCAUCAAUGGAAGGUCCUACGUGGCAGAAAGUACCCAUUCUCCUUCUGCAGAGACCUGGCAGUCAGAAUGGAGCUAAAAAACGAUUGGGUUUUGGAUGUGGUUGGGAUAUAAUUCUUCCUGCUGGUUGGGCUAUGCCUUUCUGGCAGGCACUGGUAUUUAGAGGGGCACGUGUAGGUGGACUGAGAGAGGCCACUGCUCUCAGCUUUGAAGGGCUGAAAGAUUUUGGGACUGCUAUUCUGCCUCCUGAUACAAAGUCCGGGGCAUUAGAAGAUACCAUUGUAGAAAAAAAUUUGCAAGACAUUCAUUUUCGGUUGCCACCUGACAAACGACCAAAUUUUGCUACACUUGGUAUUGUAAGUCCCUUUAAAUGUCCAUGGAAUUUACUUAUAAAAGAGUGGAGUGAUGAGAAUUUUGAUGAACAUGAUAAAAAUUACUUAAACCAGAUGUCAUUUUAUGUAUUAAGGGACAGAAAGAAACUAGAUGAAAUGGAAUGUGAACUUCAUAUAAACAGCAGAAAGAAAAAGCCUUCUUUUGACACAGGAACCCUUUUUGAUUCAGAUGAUGACAAGAAAUGCCUAGUACCAGUAUGUGUUGUGUUGAAAGAUAAAGGAGUUCCAACAGAUUUUUCUAUAAUUUGUGUUCCAACUGAUGAGGACUUGAAAAGAUUAUCAUCUUGUGAAUCAUUUCCAGGACCCAUAGAACCCCUCCAUGAAGACGAAAAAAAGCAGGAAAGAAAAAAACUGCAACAUGACCAUAAGAAGAAACUAAAAUAUCUUAGGAAGCAAAGACAUGCUGAGAAAAGGAAACUGAUAGAUAGCAAUAGUGCUGAUGUGGAUCAUUGUGAAAAUGUGAGUGAUACAAUGAAAGAUGAAAAAACUACAGCCACAAAGUCCAUAGUGGAAGAACAUGCCAUGAAAAUGCGUGAACUCUGGAUGCCCCAUGCAAAGACUGUCAGGAAAUCUUGCAGUAGAGAAAUAAUAGGUUUCAUUUAUAAAGGUGGUUUUUCAUUUAGUGAUGGAAUUGGAAUGGGGUUGGGAUAUAUUCCACUUCCAGCUUUGCUGAGCUUCAUUAAAUCUACAUACCUACUGAAACCUUGGAUUUUAGUUAGGAAUAAAAACAGUCAACAGUACAGGUAUGCGAUGCUUCACAUUCACCGUGUGACAUGAAAUCUUUUACCAAAUAAAACACCCGACAGUACAGGUAUGGUGAAUUUAACUCUUUCCAUUGCUGAGAGUAAGAAACAGUAUAUUUUAGCAUCCUUUUAACAUUUCCUUUUCAAUCAAUCAUUCUGUGAAUAUGUACAAAAACUUUGUCAGCUUUUUCAAAUUAUGAUGUGAUGCUGUUUGUAUUGAUUACAUGUAUGAAACUAAGAAAGAAAAUAUGAAAUAAUUGAAUUGAAAUAUGCUUAUAUUCUAUGUUAAGGGUUUUGGUUUUGAUUUAUUGCUGUUUUUCCUAAUAGAAAUACUGCAAUUUAGUAUAAAUUAUAUACGCAAAAAGUGAAGCAGA